AAGCCGGCAGUGGAACAGGCAGGCAUAAUUCAGAAACUCCUCCAAGCAACCCAACCUUCAGAUCAACUCCUGACACCAUGGCCUGCUGUCAGACCAGCUUCUGUGGAUUUCCCAGCUGCUCCACCAGUGGGACCUGCGGCUCCAGCUGCUGCCAGCCAAGCUGCUGUGAGACCAGCUCCUGCCAGCCAUGCUGCUGUGAGACCAGCUGCUGCCAGCCAAGCUGCUGCCAGACCAGCUUCUGUGGAUUUCCUAGCUUCUCAACCAGUGGCACUUGUGACUCUAGCUGCUGCCAGCCAAGCUGCUGUGAAACUAGCUGCUGCCAGCCAAGCUGCUUCCAGACCAGCUCCUGCGGAACUGGCUGCGGCAUUGGUGGUGGCAUUGGCUAUGGCCAGGAGGGCAGCAGUGGAGCUGUGAGCACCCGUAUCAGGUGGUGCCGCCCAGACUGCCGUGUGGAGGGUACCUGCCUGCCCCCCUGCUGCGUGGUUAGCUGCACACCCCCAACCUGCUGCCAGCUGCACCACGCCCAGGCCUCCUGCUGCCGCCCAUCCUACUGUGGACAGUCCUGUUGCCGCCCAGUCUGCUGCUGCUACUGCUCUGAGCCCACUUGUUGAAAACCUCCUUCUGCUGGGGAUCCUGAUAAGAUGGCACCUUAAAACUAGCCAAAUUAGAAUCCUAACAAUCUUCUGAACUCCAGUACCUAUAACUGGGCUUGCAACCUCUCAUCACACAGCCACAUAAAUUCCCUAGGAUGUAAAUUCAUUUACAGUGGAAGACCAAAAAUUUUUCCUAGACCUGGUUGUCAGCCAAAGUCCUACAAUGUGAAAAGAGUUAGAUACUAUUUUACUAUAAAUAUCACCUGAAAUAUUUCAACAGUUAUUGAGACUUAAAUUUAAUAAAAGUUUUCAUCUCUUCAAUGA